AUGUCAUUCGUGAACCUCUACAAGCCCCCUCCACCCCCGGUGGUGCUCCCCGAAUCCGAAUUGUACGGCCCGGAGCCAUACGACAUCAACUUCGCGUUCCCGCUGCAACCCCCCACGCUCGAAUGCGCACGCGUGCGCCUGGAGCCUUUCGUGCCCGCAGAGCACGCGCGCGCGUACUGGGACGCGCUCGGGGCGCAGGGUACAGCGCCCUUCCGGUUCUACCCCUUCUACCAGCGCACCCUCCCUGAAUUCCUCUCCUUCCUCGAGCAUGCCUUCCGGCGCGUCCCCACGCAGCUCAUGCUCGCCAUCAUCGACAAGACCCCCCAGCCCACACUGGCGGGGGUGCUCGCGCUCGUGAACACGCACGUGGAGAACCGCACGACGGAGAUCGGGCACGUCCUCGUCUUCCCCGCCUUCCGCCACACGCACGUCGCGAAGACGGCGGUGGGGCUCCUGCUGCGGUACUGCCUGCAGCGCCCGGGGGCGGACCCGCCCGGCCUAGGUAUGCGCCGCGUGGCGUGGUGCGCGCACCCACGGAACGCGCCAUCCAUUGGCCUUGCGGAGCGCAUGGGCAUGCGGCGCGAGGGGCACCUUCGGUGGUUGUGGGUCCUCCCUGAGGCGUUGGCGGCGGAGGGCAGGGAGCCUGCUGAGGAGGAUCCCGUGAGGGGCUAUGGGCGGGAUACGGUCUUGCUGUCGCUGUGUUGGGAUGAGUGGGAGGGCAGAGGGCGCGACGCGGUGCAGGCGAUCACUGGGGACUAG